AUGCCGGAGUUGCCUUUGCAAUCGCUCUCAGCGAAGCUUUAUGUCGGGCUGGCGAUCUCACUAUUUCUGGCGACAUUUGGAGUGUUUGGCGUGUUGAUCCUGACGUUUAGUUUAGUCUUCUUCGCCCUUGGGUUAGUUUCAAUGAAACUUGUAUUUGAUAAAUUCAUAUAAUACGUUUAGUUUUUGUUAUAUAACUUAUCAUCGAGCCAAGGAGAAAGCAAAUGAACUUCACGGCGACUUCAAAGAUUUACUGUCUUCUGAGAAAUUCUCACGAGGAAUUCCUCAUUUGCUCAUUAACAAAGAUCGGAGGAAAGAGUUGGGUCAAUUCUCAGAGGUCCAUUCAAUGUCAAGCUCUCCAGCAAUGGACAAAGUCUUGGAAGACGUGAGCUUGGAGUUUCGACUGAAGUUAAUGACAAUAUCUCAGAUUCUGGGGUUCGUGAUGCGGGACUACGUCGAGUCAUGGUACCAUAACCUCACGGAAGAUCGGGUCUUCGAACAAAGUUUGAAAAGAACGACAAGGAGAUCAUUAGCCUCGUUAACUCAUUGGUUUAUGGUCAAACUCAAAUGACGAACCAAAGCGAAUUUAGCAUGAAACAAGUGGACUGGGUGAGAUUUUUCACUCGCGACGUCGUUGACGACUUCGCUUCUCAUUUGAGAUUGUUCAGAAAAGCAAGUGAGAGAAGUGUAUUUUUCCAAAAAAAUGGUGUGUUUUGCAAUUUUUUCGAAUAAAUUUGAAAGUGCUCCAGCAAAUGUGAAAGGAGACUGUCCUGAAGACCUACUCAGUCAUUUUUUUGAUUUCGAACUUGAAAUGGAGAAAACGUUGUGUAGGGAUUUGCUGUCGACCACGCCGCAUUACGAGAACGGUUAGUGUUAUUUCAGUUAAUUUCUUGUCAGGCUAUAAAAAGGGAAAAGUUUUGGCUAAGUGUGACAUACUUUUUUUUCAGCCUACCUCCACGAUCUAGUUGAUAUUGUGCUGUACCUCAUCAUGCCGCCAGAAGAUUUUCGAUGUCGACCGCUGAGAUUUCUUCUUCGCGAAGUUAUAGGUAGGAUUUUUUUUCUCUUGAAAACUCCAAUUAUGUUUUUGAACUUGAAGUGAAGAAAGUGAUUGUGCCAACUCUCGACUAUCUUUCUGAUCCAAACGAAAUAUUUCAACUUUUAACUUGGCUGGUUGGUUUUGUUUUUGUUUUUUUUUUCUAUCACUAUAAAAAUAUCUUCGCGAAAAGUUAUGAAAAAAGAUUAUUCGUCACUUUUCUUGUUCAAAGAACGUGGAAAAUUUAAAAUGGUUGCGAAAAUCUUUGGUGGGAUUUUUAAAGGUGCAGAGGUCUUGCAUCACCUGAAAUAUCAUUGAAAACGAGACAUCAACUUCAAAAAAUUCGGCUGUGAUCCUGCAAAAGCGAAGCUGUAUCUUCUAAUUCAUAACACAAAGCUCCAGUCCAAUCCGAAUUAUUUUUUAGCUGAGUGAAGUCGAGCCAAGACCGGAAGAUUUCAUCGCUUGCAUUGAAAACAGUGAGAGUAUCGAAGAAUUAGACGCCUUGUAUGCUGCGAUUGCUGAAGAGAAAUUGGUCAUGAGGGGCAAAGAUUCCGGUGGAGAACAAGGUUUCUUCAAUUUUACUUUAAUAAAAAUAUAUAACUGAUUUAUAAUAGAAAUUUCAAGAUUUUCGAGGCUCCGAACCUUUUGUUUCUUUUUCAUUAGAACAAAGCGUGAAACUACCAUGAGAUAAAUUCUGUCAUUUGAUUUCCAUGAUAACUAUAAUCCUGUUGCAGAUGGUUUCGUUAAACAACAGUUGGCAAGUCUGCAAUUUGUAGAAAAUGCAAUCAAAAGGAAAGUUGCUCUUCUGAGCAGUGGGAACAAGGAGAAAGGACUCAGUUUGGUUGGUUCAUUUUCGCGUAUUUUUCCAUCCAAUCUUCAAAAUUUUCUUCUUCUCAAAAGCUAUUUUACAAGUCAAGAUGCAGUUUUUAUUCAAUGUUCUCUAUUUUCCUCAGGAUUCCAACGGCUCGAUGGAUAACGAACUUGUUCAACUUCCGAUUCACGUUGUUCUGACGAAUACCAUCGCCGUUUCUUAUUUCAUCGAUUUUUUGAAGUCUGUCGGAGGCCAAAACUACAUCGAUUGCUACUUGGCCAUCGAGGCAAGAUAAUAUUUUUCAAAACUCCGAGAAUAUUAAAAUGGUUACUGUGCGAACUUAGAAAAGCCCAAUUUUUCCUUAGCAUUGAUAUAUUAUUUUUCAACUUAUUCAUAGGAUUCUUUUAUAAUAUUUCGAAUUUCGGCAUACGUCUGCGGUGACAGUUAGAAUCAUUUUCUAUCAUCUAGGGCUUCAAAGUGUCUGUGGAACAUCAAAUGAGGUCGUUGGCAAGCGGAGAGUUGUUGGAUCGCGACGCCUACGAAACCAUCAAGGAAGCCGCUCAGUUCAUGCAUCAACAGUACCUCUCACAGGAGGUAUCGUGCUUCAGUAUCAACUCCGCGGAAUGGUUUCAAUUUUCAAGAAUCAUCGAGCACAAUUCUGAAAUUUUUGGUACCUGAAACAUGAAGUUAGGACACCUAUGAAAGUUCUCGCUUGAUAUUUCUCUAAUGCUAUAAAAACUCUGUGGAUCUUUUAUUUGAGAAACUUAUAAAAAAAAAUAGCGGAAUCCGAUUUUAAAUGUACUUUCGAGAAGACAUUUUUUUUCUCCCUUCUGUCCAAUCUUUGAACUCUUUUCAUGAAUAUCAUUUUUUCAAUUACCGGCGGAAAAAGGAGGGUUUCAGGCCAUCACACGCGUUCCUCUGGAAGAUUCGCUCAUUUCAAAGUUUCUAUCUAAACUGAAGAAUGACGAGCCGUCGGAUACGUGGUUCGAAGCGAUUCAGGAAAAAGUAGAACUGGAAAAAAUCUCAGAGUGAGACUUGAAUUUUUUAAGAUUGUUGACGUUCUCAACACUGAUGACCAUUUCUACCCUUCAUUCAAACUUUCCACUUUGUACGUAAAAAUGCUCGAAGAACUCGGAAUCGUGGAUGAUGUGAGCUUUUAAAGGAAAGUUUUCACGAAACUUGAGUUUUCUCAGGAAAGAUGCGAUACGCCGGUUUCGGAGAACGGAUCUGUCGCUUCGGGGUCUUCCUACAACGAGAACUCGAACUCUUCAGUCAAAUCUGUGGGUUUUUGGGAAAAAGAUUGAAAAAUAAAUUUAAUUUAUCUUUUGAAUAACGACGCGAGUCACAAAAAAAAAUUGUUGAAUUUUCUUAAGGCGGUUCUUUUUUGAAAAAUUAUUUUUGCUAUAGCCCUGAAGGUAUCUUUAAAAAAACUUAAUAAAAAAAGGAAGAUUAAAAUUGUUUUUUUCUUGGAUUGUUAAUAGGAGCUUUUUUGUGUGGAUUUUCUGGUUUUCGAAACUCCAAGAACUUUAAUUAAUAAACUAAAUAACUUCAAAAAUACUUUAGAACCCGAAAUCAGAAGAAAUCUUAAAUGAUGGAGAGCCGGUGAUUAACGUCGUUGUGGAAACGCUCGGGAUCGGUCAGCAGGUGAAUAAAUUCUGGAAAUAUGUAUGAAUCUGGUUGAAAGUUAAGAAGGAAACCCUCUUUUAAGAGGUUUUCCAGUCAAACAUUUCAAUUGAAAUAAUCUAUCCUAGGGGAAACAAUCGUUCGCAUUGUACAAUGUGAGGGUCAGUCGAUCGCAAAACGGGAAGAAAGUCAGUGGAUGGAACGUCUUGCGGAGGUACAGCGACUUCCACACGUUGCAUUCCGUCGUUAUGCAGAAGGUGGGCUAGGAAAUUUCUUUUUGGAAAUUAAUUUCUCAGAUUUUUGUGGGCUAUAGAGCUAUAGUUCAUUGGAAAUAAAAAUAAUGGUUAACCGGUUGAACAUUGGAAAGAGGCGUGGUCGGAUAAACCAGAAAUGAUUUGGCGCAGCUUACUUGAAGUCAAAGAAGUUGGGAAUGUUGUUGUGAAUGUUGAAUUUUUCUUGAACCUAUUCGGUUUUUUUCCGUGAUUCACUGAUAGCAAAUCGAGCUCAUCUUGAUCUAUUUAUACCUUUCAAUCAAUAACAAGGUUCUCUAGAGAAUCCCAUGAUUGCUGAUGAUUUCAGUUCCCCAAAUUGGCAAGUUUGUCCUUCCCCGGUAAGAAGACGUUCAACAACCUCGACACGCACUUUUUGGAAAAGAGGACCAAGGUUUUCUUUUUUCUUACCUUCCUAUCAUAUUCUACGUUCUGGCAAAUUGUUACACCAAAAUUCAAAUGUAUUGCGUAUCCAGCUUUCAAUUAUUUUCAUCAUUUUCGCCAUUCCAGGCUCUGAAUCAAUACAUGGAGUCAAUACUACAGCCGUCACUUUUGCGUACGAAUCCAGAGCUAGAAAAAUAUGCCUUCGACUUUCUUUCCCAGAAAGAAUAUUCGUUCCGAGAGCCCCUUUCCAAAAAGGUAAUUACUAGGCAUUCGAGCUCAAUAAGAGGUUAUUUUAAGAUUGAUGAGAAAAUGUUACGAUCGUUAUCGAGUUUUGAAAGAAAAAAUGAGGGAAAAAUUAAUUUUACAAACGAAACCAAUAUUUGAUUCCUAAUAUUAAAAAAAAUGUAUGUCACUUCCAUAAAGACUAACCAAGAGUAUGUUAGGAAUUAAGUAAACGUAAAGUAUGAGCAAAAUUUCGAGCAAACUCUUUUUUUUAUAGAGAUUUUGAGUUCUUUCUCCUGAUUUUCUGUCUUUUGACACUUUAAGGUUUUUCACUCAAAAAAGUUUUAUACAGUCUCUACCUAGCAAUAAAAAAUUUUUUUUUGUAUGGUUCUCAAAUGUGUGUUUAGGCUUCGCGUUUUUUUCUUACUUUCCAUUUUUUUUUUUGAAGGUGAUGUCGGCAAUGUUUGACCCAAUUAAAAGCGGAAUGAAGGCCGUGGGAAACACGGUGAUGGCGGUCCCAGCUGAGGUUAGCUCAUUUUUUUUUCUCUUUUUUUUGUGAUAAUUAGUAAAUUAAGCAGCUUUCGAACUUUAUAUUUUUUGUCGCUGCGGGGUUACUGGAAAUAUUCGAUUUUUUGCAGGUUUAUGGCGGAGUGACAAAAGUUGGGGCUGGGAUCAACAACGCGGCCAAGACGAUUAUUGUAAGGAUUUGAAUAGAAUAUUGUCUAUAAUUGAAAAAAAAUUUUUUUACUCGAGAAUCUUUCGAUUUCACAAAGUAAUUCAGUUUUUCAAAAAAAUAGAAAAAAAUUCACUAUUUUUGAUUUGAUUUUUGUGAAUUUAGUAACGAUACAUGUAGAAGAUUGAUUACGUUUUUACCAACUUCGGCCUGAACUUGAAUUGAAUCUGUAAAAUAAAUGAUUUAUGGGUGAUUCUCAAAGUUUUCAUUAUCUGCACUUUUUUUUCAGAAUCCUUUGCAAAACGGCCCGAGACUACCGUCAAUUGAAACGGAUCGUGUAGCCGCUGCUUUGUCCGACACGGUUCGGUUUUACAUCAAUUAUGAAAAAAGGAUUAAUUUAAAGUUCUUAUAAAGUGAAUUCAUAUUCCGCAUUCUCGCUCUCUUGAGCCACUAAUAGGUGAAAACAUGAUUCGAUUAUGUUUUAAGGAAGCAGAAAACAUUCCCCUCCGCGUUUUGGUUCUUUUUGUCGACGAAGUUUUUGGGGUCCGGGCCAGAAACGCUUGGUUUCGACGGCAAAUGGUGCGUUGAAGUGGCGGAAUUUCCGAGAAUGCACUCAAUUCUAGGUGAUGAUGCUGCAACAGUUUGUGACGCCCUUCGGAACUUCCAUAAAUAAAAGGAUUAUCGAUGUUGUCAACUGGCUGACGUCAGAGCAACAAGUCACCAGUUAUCUCAGUGCUUUCAGGUAUCUUCCAAAGAUUUAUACUGAUAUUCAUCGUUUUCUAGAGAUUCAAUGUGGCCGGGGGGAGUUUUAGCUCCAGAAUAUGCACCGAAACCUGCUUCUUUUCAUCAUAGGUUUUUUUUAUAAUGUUGAAUAAUUAGGAUAUUUGAAUUCCAGAUGUCGCGUCUUGGCGAAAACUCUCAUGCUUUCUUCGAUGCCGGACGAAUUGCGCAUUGUUUUGGGCGCCGAGACGAGUUACCAGGUCAAUUUGAGGAAAACAAAAACUAAUUUUGCGAGAGUUUGAAUUUCAUCGAAACUUGGAAAAUAAUGAAAAGUAGCUCAGUUUAUAAAAAGGUUCUGAGACUAGUUAAAAUUUGACUUCAUUUGUUGUUUUAGGCAUAAAAAAGGUGAUAAGAAAAUUGUUCUCGACUGGUUUUUCCUUCUCGAGAAAAGGGACAAUGAUUGACGUUUUCAGGGAAUCAACACGAUCUCCGAAGCUUUCCAGAACAAAUCGCUCAACCGACGCCUUCUCUACGUCCUCUUAGAGCGGCUUUUGACCAACGUUUUCCCUCAAAAUCGCUUUGAAAAGAUUUUCGCCCAACUUCAUUCCAAAUCUCCACGGACCAAAAAGUUUUGA